AGUUCUUCCAUUCAAGUGAACAGAAAGAAGCUAACAGCACCUUAUUUUACGUUGUAUACAUAUAUCUUAUGGCAACAUCGCCCGUGAAUUUCGAUCGGAUUUCUUUGUUUCUGAUAUGCCUAGGCGUAUGUUUGUCUCAGUGCGAAGACAUACGACAUUCUUUGGAUGAUGACCUCUUGUUGCCCUACACCAAAUCCCAUGGCCCUUCGCAUUCUCACCGCCAUGUGAGGGACUGUCAGCCCAUCUCCAAUGGCAAUGUUACUCAUGAAAACUGGGCAGCAAGCAGGCACUCUAAUUCUCCUGUGGUUGAGUCCAAAAUAUUUAUCUCCGACAUCAGUGAUGACUCUGGCUUUCAGAAAUGGGUGAGUGGCCACAUCACCGUGGUCCACGACCCACUGAGAACUGUGUCCGUCCUGGAGCCAGGGACCCCUGGAGGGUGCGAGCAGAAUUACAGGAAGCUUGUGGAGCUCACUGCUAAAACUAGAAAGUGCCUAGUUGCUCAGAAUGGAGGUUACUUUAACACAAUAACCGGACAGUGUUUAGGGAAUGUUGUGAGUGAUGGAAAACUGGUGAGGAACAGUGGAGGAAUACAGAAUGCACAGUUUGGCAUCAGAAAAGAUGGGACACUAGUGUUUGGUUAUUUGUCUGAGGAUGACGUCCUGGAUCAGGUAAACCCUUUCGUGCAGUUGAUCAGUGGGGUGGUGUGGCUACUGAGAGCCGGUGAGAUCUACAUCAAUGAGAGCAUACAGGCAGAGUGUGAUAAAACACAGGAGACAGGAACAUUCCAGUCUUUUGUGGACGUGUUGUCUGCCCGUACUGCGGUGGGCCAUGAUGCAGAGGGAAGACUCAUCCUCUUUCAUGUCGAUGGUCAGACAAAGAUCAGAGGAAUGAACCUCAGGCAAGUGGCCAAGUUUCUGAAAGAACAGGGAGUCAUCAACGCUAUCAAUCUGGAUGGAGGUGGCUCGGCCACCUAUAUCCUCAAUGGAUCUCUGGCUAGUUACCCUUCAGAUCACUGCCAAGAUCCCAUGUGGCGCUGCCCGCGGGCCGUAUCUACUGUGCUGUGUGUUCACGAAAGGCUUUGCCAGCCGGAAGACUGCAGCGGGCAUGGGCGCUGCGUGGAUGGCCAGUGUGUGUGCCAGCAGGGCUGGAGGGGACCAGGAUGUGCCAAUCUCACAUGCCAGCCCCCUGAAUGCGGAGAGCAUGGCAUCUGUACUGAAAAUGGGUGUGCAUGUGAUGCUGGAUGGAUGGGUGUAAACUGUAGCCGGGAAUGUGCAGCAGGUUUCUAUGGUGAUGGCUGCAAUCAAACAUGCACAUGCACAAACGGAGGUUUAUGUGAUCCUGUUCAUGGACACUGCAUCUGUCCUGCUGGUUUCCGUGGAGAUUCCUGUGAGCAAGAGUGCCCCAUUGGUUUCUACGGGCUGAACUGCGAGCAGUUAUGCCAGUGCCAUGACAUGUGCCUGUGUGACACUGUCACUGGAAACUGCAACGCCACAUUUCAGGAAGUGAGAAACAUCAGCCUGCACAAAGCUGAUCACUGUCUGGUUACCGAAAUGUGGAGAGAAUGGAGAAAAGAGGAAGAGACUCGCACAACCAGACCUUAUUUAUCUGAACAAAGCUGGCUGGUUGUCUGCACUCUCCUGGCAACGUCGCUGCUGGCCAGCCUCACCAGUAACCUUAUCCAGACGUGCAGAAAAUGCAAAGCGCGCAGGCAGAGGCAGGAAUACUCCUACGUGCCCCUUGGAGAGAUUAACGGGGCUGCGGAACGAGGUAGAGGGCAGAGGACGAAGCCUGGGAAAGGCCUCUUUCAGCAAGAAGACUCGGAAUCGCAGGACUCGUCAUAACGCGACUGUGUUUCAGAGUUCUUGCAAAUGUGUGUACGGGUUCCUGCUUGUGUGCCAGCCGCCAGAGGGCAGAGAGAAGCUGUGCCUUUGUGCCUUAAUAACUACAGGCUGAGUGGAAACUUUCAAGACUCUCGCUGGCAGAGACAAAUGGGCAAUGUAUGGAGAGCCCCUUUCACAUCAGCAUAAGAUAAUGAAAGAGGUUGUUUGUUCCUUUGAGCUUUUGGAAGCCCCUCUUCUUUCUGGGAUUAAUACCAUCUAAAUUGACAAUGAUGGACAAUGAGAUGGGUGUUAGAUUUCAAACAGCUGUCUGCUUGCCUGUGUGUUCACUUUUGCCCCAGUCUGCAAAAACUUUUUUCUUAAUCAGUAUUUUUGACUUGUUUUCCAGUAUCAAUAUCUAAACAUCUUUAAAACAAGAUAAGUGGUAACACUUUACAAUAAGGUUCCAUUUGCUAACAUUAGUUAACAACAUUAGUUAACAUGAACUAACAAUGAACAAUACUUUUACAGCAUAUUUUAAUCUUUGUUAAUAUUAGUUUUAACAUAUACAUUUUUAAAAUCAAAAGUUCUAUUAGUUAACAUCAGUUAAUGCAGUAUGAACUAACAAAUGAAUCAUUUUAUUUUUAUUAACUAGCAUUAACUAAGAUUACUAAAUGCUGUAAAAAAUAUAUUGUUCAUUGUUCAUGAUACCUAAUGCAUUAACUAAUGUUAACGAACGAAUGUGUUGCCAGAUAAGUUUAUUUGAGAAGCAAAAUAUGAUAAGAUUUGUUUUCGGAUAAUAUAUCUUGAAUUAAGUUUCUUUUUUUUCUGCAUUUUUUUUUCCCAUUGGCAAAUUGUUCUUUUUAUCAUUUUAAGAAUAAACCUCACUAAAUGUUGUUAUAUUGAUGCUUAAAACAAGAAAACAAUAACAUAAAAACAUGAAAGUAAACUUUAAGGAGAUGUUUUUGCUGGAAAACAAGGCAAAAAAUGCAUAUAAAGAAAAUAAUUUUCUUGCGGUGCAUCUGAGUCUGUAGACCACAUCCAACUCUGUUCACAUAUGCCAAGUGCCCUGAUUGUGCAGUCUGACUGACUUUUGCACAUCUUCAUGUUUGUUUGGUUUUCUACCACAGUUCCAUGGCAGCUGGAAGCAAUAUAAGAACUGUUUUCUUACGUUACAUCAUUCAAAUUUUAAUUAUUUCACUGACCUCAAUGAAGCCUUUCAUUUUGGUUUUUGGGUUAAGAGAACCAAGAAAAAAGCAAUAUCGCCACAGAGCUUUUUUUAUUGAGAGAAUAGGCCAGUUGUUCCACAUGUUGCCAUAGGAACCGAUGAGGUUUGAACUAUGAACCCUCCUGUGAAAUCUUCCUGCAGAAACAUGCCAAACUGCUAUUUUGAAACCUAGUUUUAUCAAAUGAUUUUUCCCCCUUUGGCACCAGAGGUCAUUCAGUUUAUUUUCAUUCCAGCGAUAGCCCUUUUGUUUCCAUAAAAGCCUUGCCAGCCCCUGUCUGUCUUAUCAUGGUGCUUUUGAACUGUUUUGUGUGUUGUCUCUAGCAAAUCAGACCUGCCAUAUUAUAAAAAAAAAAAUCAAGGCAUGGAUACUUUUCAGUUGCUCUUAGAAAACAAAAAGAAGGCAAUUUUUUCAGUUCUUGGCACAGAAUGGCUCUGUAAUUCAGUUCUAAAGCAGUGAAUCCAGGCGUUGGUUUGAGAUUUGAGAAGAAGUCUGGUUCUAGCUCUGAAACAUGAGACAAAUAUUACAGAAGAGGAACAUUUACUCGAGACCGUUUUAGAGUUCAUAGUUCCUCUGCUGUUUCCUGUUUAGCAUCAUAAAAUAGAUUUGUAUCUGUUUUUUAAGAGUUUAAAAGUAAAAGAACAGUGGAAAGGUGAAUUUCACAAUGCUUGUCAAGAACUCUGGCCAUAUUUACCCCAAAAUCAAAAGAAAGAAAUCCAAAAUUAUAUUUUUCUUAAAUCUAUUUUUAGAACCAUUGCCUUUUUUUUUUUUUUAACUGUAAAACAAAGCACAUCCCCCCCCCCAAUUAUAAUGAUGUGAAAUUAUGCAAAAAAAAAAAUCGAAUUCUCAUUACUAUAAUGCAAAAAAAUAUAUAAUUAAUUAGAUUGUAUUUACAAAAGGUAUUUGUUGUACUGCCUUAUACAGGUGCAUCUCAAUAAAUUAGAAUAUCGUGGAAAAGUUCAUUUAUUUCAGUAAUUCAACUCAAAUUGUGAAACUCGUGUAUUAAAUAAAUUCAAUGCA